UGGAAGUUUUUUGCCAAAAGUUAAAAGAAGCCUGAAAACCCUCAUUCUUGCAGUUUGCUUGAUUCACUUCUUCAGUUUAGCAAACGUUAGCCUUCAAUACGAGGUCAAUCAUGGAGAGUUUCAGUUUCAUCUUGUUCAGAGGAACUAAACGGGUGACUGUCAAAGAAGACGACAUGACGACCGAAAAAAUCGGCAGGAUCUUCCAGGUACAUGGCCCCAGUCUCUACAUCACCGAUGACAGCAACAUAGCCAUAUUUCCUGGGCCUGAUGGCCGUUUUAGCACUUUAGACCUCAUUGCAAGAGGACAUUACGAGGUGCACGGCGAAAGCAGCGUGGAAGACUCAUCUACCGGCAGUGUGCCAGCAACACAGCCUACCCGCUUUUCUUUCCACCGCCCAACCACCGCUGCAGGUUCUGCUGCAGGUUGUGCUCCAGGUUCUGCUCCAAGGGUUUCAGCAAAUCAAAGAGCUAAUCUGACAAAAACAUUCCAAAGGAACAUCUUCAUUGCUGAACUUGUGGAUGGCAAGUUGGAGACUAGCACAACGCUGACUGUGCGUUUUUCAGAAUUUGAAGCUUCUGUUAUGGGCAUCCUCUACAAAGUCAAUGAUGCCCUUGAACAAGAGGAUUCACGCAUCCUCACUGAUGGCCAGGGGAACAAAAUCAUGGACUCUGAAGGAACCAGAGGAUCAGCAUUUUGGAAGCAAAAUGCAAGGAAAAUAUUUGCUGUGAAGGAAGAACACUUCUUGCAGUUACAAGCUAGUAAAAAGAGGAGACUGAGUCGACGAGAAGAUACAGGCCUCGAUCUGGUUUUUGAUAGAAUUGAAGAGGUGGUCCUGGCAUCCCAGGGACUGCAAGAAGUGUCCACUACAAUGAAGGAGCUGAUGGAGUUUGCAAAUUCCAACCGCAGAACAACACUGUCCCUGACUGAAGCCCAAGCAGCUGCUGUUAGAGAUGCCUUUGCCUGUAUUGUCUGCAAAAGUCAAGUGGUUGAGCCCAUGGUUUCAUCCUGCUGCCAAAGCCUUGUUGGCUGUAGGAGCUGCAUUGAAGAGUGGCAGAAAAAUUCUGCCUUUUGCCCAAAAUGUCGAAUUGAUGAUUUUGGUGCCAACAUUCAAAGACUUACUGGCCUCGCUGAUGCAUUGACUGCAUUGGGAAGUAUAUUCUGGGAGUAACACUGUGUACAGAAUGUAAUCAUGUGUAAUUGCAUUGUUUUACUGUUCUUAGUGUUCAAUUUGUUAUUGGGUAACAUGUCAAGUCUACAGUUUAAGAAAACUCUUUUUUUUGCUCAUGUUUUAAUGCUGUGAAAGCUAAGUUAUAAUCCCGGAUUUGCACUACUUUGUUGUAUGUUUUCUUAAAUUGUUGCAUUUGGAAACAUACUCUAGGAAUUAUAUUGUACACUAAGUAGGCUAUUCAUAAUAGCGUAGUUUUGCCGCUUUGUGUUCUAUUUCUUCUUGAACAACAGGUUGAGUUUACAGUU